GCUGCUAGCCAGUCAUCAGUCAUCAGCACCAUCUCCCAUCACCUCCGUCGCCGUUGCGAAACUCCUUGAAUCCUCAUCCUCACCGAGGAAUAUUUCCUCAAUAUUCGCCGGCAUCAAUUCCUGAAAAGGGGUUUUGUAGUUCCCUCACCCCGGAAGUAAUCUCCAGCUGAAAGAAGCUUUUUGCCCUCUCAAAUUGGAACACGGCACCAAAACAGCAAGCCAACUGCCAACAACUCCACAUUAUCGUUCCCCAGGGAAUGGAAUUUCCGUCCAGAAAACCCUAAUACUCUGCUCUCCUUCUCCACUCUGAAUCGCUCGAGAAGUGCAGCAGCAUGAUAAAUUACCACCGCGAUGAUCAUGCAGCAGCAGCAGCAGCAGCCGAAUUCCUCUUCCGCUAUUAGAUCCUCCACGCCAACCCCUUCCCAAUCUUCUCUCACCGUCGCCCCUCUAUCUGCUUCUCGCAUUGGCCAACAGCCUCCACAGUCCUCCCUCGAUCAUGCAAUCUCGCCGCCCGCGACGGCGGCGCACCAGUCAUGCGAGACGGCUCUGAUGUUGGCUAGGGUCAGGCUGUCGGAUAUAGCGCCCUAUGAUGGGGCUCCCUGUGGGCCAUACGUGAAGGCUGUGGAGGCGUUGUCGGGUUCUUUGAUGAGGCAUAACGCUGCUGUUAUCGAGUUGGGGAGUGAGAACGCUGCCCUGAUGAAAUGCGGGCUGGAAGCAUCCCGCUUGUAUUUUAGGUGCCAUGUCAAAGGAAGCAGCGGUCGUGGAGUUCACAUGUACAGAGCCAAGUCUCAUGAUGAUUGGGAUUCAGCUCCACCUUGCAUGGCAGAAAUAUUUAGGUGUAUGGGAAGGGUAGCUAGGGCUGCUUUAUGUGUUAUAGCAAGGCAUCUUCGGUUGAGAAGCGACUUCCUGAAGGGUCAACCUCUUGCAUGCAGUGCCUUCAACCAUUUACUGGACGACACCCCUUUGCCCGUGAAUGAGGUUUCCUCAUCUGUGCUGGUUGCCUCUUAUUCUCACGCAUCCUUGCUAGAUGGCAAAGUGGCUAGUGGGGGAGCAAAAGCAUCAAUCAACUAUGAAGUUGAAAAGGGCUUGUUGACAUUGAUUUCUUCUGACAGUCCAGGCCUUCAGGUUUGUGACCCUAAUGGCCGCUGGUACCUAGCUGAUCGUGGUUUUGCUCCAGGUGAUCUUUUGCUGAUUACUGGCAAGGCACUUAGCCAUGCCACAGCUGGCCUUCGCCCUGCUGCUUCAUAUAGAGCUACUUCUGAUCACUCCUCUGGCAUGAAUGGCAGUGGAAGGACAGCAUUGUUAUUUAGGCUUAUGCCUCAAGGCAAUGCGAUAUUAGAUUGUUCUCCUAUCGCAGCAGCAGGCCAUGUCAUUCCUCAGAGCUAUGUGCCUAUAUCUGUUAGCCAAUUUAUGGAUGACCUUUCUGCUGAGGAGGUUGUUAUCUGUGAUCGACCUGAGAAUGCAAAUGAAGUUCUAAAUAGUUUUAACAAGGACCCAUCAUUAAGAAGUGUUCUCUCAGAUCCGCUAUCUGGUGCCUUCCUUGAAGAUGCGAUGUAUGCCUCUUGUGGACAUUCGUUUGGCGGUCUUAUGCUUAGUAGAGUCCUCGAAUUGUCAAGAUGUAUACUGUGCAAUGUACAAAUUGAGGCUGGGUCUUUGAUUCCUAAUCUGGCAUUUAUUAUGAACUGUGUAGCUCUUAGAGCUGCAGCUUCAGCUGUCAAGCUUGAGGAUGACCGGAGGCUAUUCCACAAUGCGGCUCUCAGAAAGCGUCGCAAGGACAUGGGUGACCAAACAGAUCCUAUUAGAAGACAAAACAUGGAAAAUGGAGAUGUUGCUGCCGAACACGGUUGUUUGCAUCGGAGGGUGCAGUACCCUUUUGCAGUAAAUGAAAAAGUAGUGAUUAAGGGAAACCGCAGAACACCAGAGAAGUUUGUAGGCAAGGAAGCAAUCAUCACGUCACAGUGUCUCAAUGGCUGGUACUUGCUUAAGAUCAUUGACAGCGGAGAAAAUGUCAGACUGCAAUAUCGCUCUCUCCGCAAAACUUCAAGCUACGAGGCAACCCUGGAGAGAUGUGCUUCACAGCCCAUCCUAGAUAAGAGCUGAUAGGCGGUCCAUGAAUCCCUUGUAUGUAUCAGCCAUUGCCAGUCAACGUAGCUUCGGCCACCAAUACCCAAUUUUCGAUCCCACAAGUGCUAUAUGAGUACAGCUUCUUGCAAGGUAUUUGUAUCUGAAGCAAUGUAGGUUAUUGUAGCUUGUGGAAUGGCAAAAGAGGCAGAUCCAAAGGUAGCAUGGUGAUGUGAACCCUGUACAACACUCUUGAGAUAAAAUCAUAAUUUGACAAAUUAUGUGCCUGUUCUCCUAGUCACCAGUAGGGCUGAAAUUC